AUGAAUUUCAAAUCUUUAACCUUAGUUUUUAUUGUUUCAAUAAUUUCCGCAACUCAAAUUGAGUCGAAAUGGCUUGCUCCUCAUGGUUUGGUUUUCAAGAAAAUGAUUCCUGUUCGUGGAACCCUCCAGCUCAACAAUCGUGUCUUCACUUUAGAUGCUGAAAAGGGAAUCAAGUCUUCAUAUGUACAACAAGUAGUUUCGCAAGAAGUAGCCAAAGAUGAAAGCAAACCUGUCUCAGCCGAACCUCUGAGUGAUGAUGAGCCAACAACUGUAGAAUCUGUCUCCGAAUCAAAUCCAAUUCCAGUUCCAAUUCCAUCUCCAACCCCAUCAACCUCCACCUCAACCACAACCACAACUACCACCACAACAACCCAGGCUCCAUCAACCUUACCUUCCACCACUUCCACCACCUCCACCACAACUUUACCUUCAACAACUUCAACUUCAACUACAACAACCACCACUGCUGCACCUGUUCAACCUAUCCGUGUUAUCUCAAAAACUUCACCCGUACAUCCAUCAAAAGGAUCCUCAGGAAAGAAUCAGCAACACCAUUUUGAACAACAGCAGCAACAACAUCAUCAUGAAUCCUCUCACCACCAUCAAUCAUCAGGUAAAACAUCGGGUAAAACAUCAGUCAAGACAUCAUCCCAUUCAAGCUUCGCCAGUCCUGCACAGAGAGCUCGAGCAACAAGAAGACCCACAAAAAUGUAA